GUCAAGGAACAUGUGCACCAGGCAGGGUCCGCUGGAAGAAUCAGUGCUGAGGAUCCCCUGGAGCAGAACCAGAUUGAGGGACAAGCCAAGUGUGUGGUACUGGCUCUGGGGGAAACUCUGCUUGAAGUCCCUGUGGUGUUGACUUUUGACCUUGCAUCUGGAAUGAGUAUUGGACCUAGAAUGAUUCUACGCGCUUGGCCUUGCUUUGCUUGGGCUCUGCUGCACCUACAACCCUGUCCUUAUUGCGCCCCCCCCCUCCAACUCCUCGCGUCCAUCCCCGUAGCCUGGACUGGAGCAUGGCUGCGCUCCCUGGGACAGUACCAAGGAUGAUGCGCCCAGCACCCGGACAGAAUUAUCCCCGCACCGGAUUUCCUUUGGAAGUUUCUACCCCGCUGGGCCAAGGCCGGGUCAAUCAGCUGGGGGGCGUCUUCAUCAACGGGAGGCCCCUCCCCAACCACAUCCGCCACAAGAUCGUGGAGAUGGCCCACCACGGGAUCCGGCCCUGCGUGAUUUCCCGGCAGCUCCGCGUCUCCCACGGGUGCGUCUCCAAAAUCCUCUGCAGGUACCAAGAGACAGGCUCCAUCCGCCCCGGAGCGAUUGGCGGCAGCAAACCCAGGGUUGCCACUCCCGACGUGGAAAAGAAAAUCGAAGAAUAUAAGCGAGAAAACCCCGGCAUGUUUAGCUGGGAGAUCCGCGACAGGCUCCUGAAAGACGGACACUGCGACCGAAGCACCGUCCCUUCAGGUUUAGUGAGUUCGAUUAGCCGAGUGCUCCGAAUCAAGUUCGGGAAGAAAGAGGACGAGGAGGACUGCGAGAAGAAAGAGGAGGACAGCGAGAAGAAGGCCAAGCACAGCAUCGAUGGCAUUUUGGGCGACAAAGGCAACCGGCUGGAUGAAGGAUCUGAUGUUGAGUCCGAGCCGGAUCUGCCCCUGAAGCGCAAGCAACGUCGCAGCCGGACAACCUUCACGGCAGAGCAGCUGGAAGAGCUGGAGAAGGCCUUUGAGAGGACCCACUAUCCAGACAUCUACACCCGCGAAGAGCUAGCUCAGAGGACCAAACUCACUGAGGCAAGAGUCCAGGUGUGGUUCAGCAACCGGAGAGCUCGGUGGCGCAAGCAGGCCGGAGCCAAUCAGUUGGCAGCUUUUAAUCACCUGUUGCCCGGGGGCUUCCCACCAACUGGCAUGCCCACUUUGCCUCCUUACCAGCUGCCGGAUUCGACUUACCCGACUACCACUCUUUCUCAAGAGGGGGGCAGCACUGUACACAGACCCCAGCCUCUCCCACCAUCCACCAUGCAUCAGGGAGGGUUGGCAGCUGCUGCUGCAGACUCAAGCUCUGCUUACGGGGCCCGGCACGGUUUCUCCACCUACUCUGACAGCUUCAUGAACCCCACAGCUCCUGCGAAUCACAUGAACCCUGUCAGCAAUGGCCUGUCUCCACAGGUGAUGAGCAUCCUGAGCAACCCCAGUGGGGUCCCCCCACAGCCGCAAGCCGACUUCUCCAUCUCGCCCCUCCAUGGCAGCUUGGACACUGCCAACUCCAUCUCGGCCAGCUGUAGCCAGAGGAGCGACUCCAUCAAGUCCGUUGACAGCCUCCCCACCUCGCAGUCCUACUGCCCCCCAACCUACACCACUACCAGCUACAGCGUGGACCCGGUGGCUGGCUACCAGUAUGGACAGUACGGGCAAACUGCUGUUGACUAUUUGACCAAGAACGUGAGCCUCUCUACACAGCGCAGAAUGAAGUUUGGGGAACAUUCAGCUGUGCUGGGUCUCCUACCAGUUGAAACGGGCCAAGCUUACUGAUGGAUCCAACCAUAUAAAUUAUCCUACACUGAUAGUCUACCACCAAUGAGAGGGGGGGAAAUCCCACCACUGCCACCAGCCUUCCAAGGACUCACCUCUAUCCACAGCCUUCUCCUUCUGAAACCUUAAGCAUCAGACCUUCCAAAUCUUGCCUCCACUUGGAUGGCAAAGAGGACUGGGGAGGGGAGGAGGAGCUUUCCACCAGUCCAAAUUCGUACUGUGCAUAUGCACGCCAAUGGUGACUUUGACACUUUCAAAGGCCAGAGACAAUGAGUCUGGUCUAAUGGUGUGGGGGUUUUCUUUGUUGUUGUUCAAUGUUGGAGCCCUCCUAGCCAAUUCUGUAUACAGCCAACGCUGAUGGACCUUCCAUGGAUGUCGUCCUGGGCUUAGCCACUGUGGAUUCUGUUUUCUUCAUAAUUAUAUAGGUAGAUAGGUAGAUUCCUUUUAUCUGCCCACUUGCUCACCCUCAGUUCCAUUUUGUUAUUGUACAUGGUCAACAUUGCCUAUGGAGGAGGAAUCCUGUUGAUUGAUAAGUGUUGAUCUUGGGACCCAAUUGGGGGAAACAAUGGGACCAAAAAUGAAGAUGUUAUCCUAAAAAGGGUGAGGUUACAUUCCAAGACCAGGGACCAGUUUAAUGGGUGUAAGGGGAGCAUGUGGGAAGGGGAAAAUUUGAUGUAUGUUGUAACAUUUUCCCCCAGUUUUGGGACCACUGUAUCUGCAGGAACAUGGGAUGGAAUUUUGGGGGAGCUAGAGAGAUAGGUACACAAUGGAAGUCUUGCAACUUCCUUUGCCAUUCUGCUGGGAUUGGGUGAAGAUGAAUUGAAACCAUUCAGCUCAAAGAGCAAUAAAACAGCUCAGUAGGACCAGGGCAGGUCACAGAAUAUGUAGCAGCCUGGAUUUGAAACAAAAAGGGGACAGCAUAUGGCUUUUGAAAUUGCCAUGUUCUGGCAAUCAAUGAAGCCAGGUUCAUCAAAAGGCAUAGGAUCCCUUGUUGGUUGGGCUGUCAAAAAAUCCCACGCCUCUAAACAUUGGCUUCAAAUUGCAUGGGGUCCUGUUGAAUGAAUUGAUUCCUCUACAAGACCACCAUAUGAUGACUGGUAAAAACUGUGUGUGUUUGGGAGUGGGGAGACAAGGAAGGAAUUCUUCAUUUAAAUUCUCCUUCUGGGAGAUUUUGAUUGUGACAGAGCCAGUGGCAUCUAGCUUGCCACAGGGAGUGUUCUGUGAGAGACAUUGCUAGGUAUUUAAAAGACUCAGAACACAAGCCUGAGACACCACUUUGCAUAAAAUUCACCUAUAAAAAUUUCUAUGUACCCAUUGAA